UUUGUAAUGUCAUUGGUUAUUUGUGUACAUUUUCCCCCGGAGAAAGCUAUGUGUCUUGUAUACAUUUCAUACCACAGAUAUAAACAAAUCCUAAGUGGAUAGUUCCAUUAGAUUGAAUUAAUGUAUUAAAGUGUUGUAUUAACUCAGUAAAAUGUUGAACGCUCUAGGAGUUAUUGUUUCGGGAAGACUGGUUCAAACUGAUUUUCAACAAGUGUCUGACUCCAAAUUUUUGAUAAAUAUUCCGGAAGCUGAUAAUUUGAAUCAUGUGGUUGUAUUCUUAACGGGUACAACACCGUUCCCUGAGGGAAUGGCAGGUGCUGUGUAUUUCAGUUGGCCUGACCCUAAUGCACCUCCAAUGUGGCAGCUAUUGGGAUUUUUAUCGAAUAGUAAACCCUCAGCCAUAUACAAAAUAUCCCAGUUGAAAAAACUCGACGAAAUGAACCCCAGUAGCCCAGUGAAUGCAUUCGGCGUUAAUCUGCCUAUAUCGCAUAUCGCACAAAUUGGUGUUUCUAUUGAACCAGAAGCAUCAUUGGUUCAGCAAACCCCAGCGACGACCAGCCCUGAUACGUACUUCCAGUUCGGCCAGAAGAUGAUUGAAAAUUUUUUCAACUUUGUCAGUAGCUUUUCCGUUACUCAGUCGCAAAUGGUGCCGAAUCCUAACGAAACAUUUGUGCCUCUGUCAACGGUUCAAACCUGGUUCACAAACUUCCAGCGUCGAUUGCAACAAAAUCCUAACUUCUGGAAAAGCUAAGUCUAGUCGAGCUCUGCUAGUCAAAUGAUGUAAUCACGACUAACACAAUGAACAGGACAGGUUGAAUUAAUGAAAAAAAAAACGAAUUUUGAAAUAACUGAAUAAGCAGAGGGUAAUAACGAGUUUCAUUGCCGAUAUGCGUUGAAAAUCGAUUUGUCUUGUUUUCAAGAUACAUCAUCUUAAGCAAUGACGGUGUUUCUUAGCAUUUCACUCGAUUUAAAAGAGAUUUAAGCAGUGUAUUAAAUAAUCUUUGAAUACAAUUUCUUGUUUAUUUUGCA